AUGGCAGUGAAGCCGUGUCUCCAUCCUCCUUAUUCCAGAAUCAACAUGGUGGCCAUAGCAGCACAGGGAGACCAGGUGCUUGCUGGUGGGAUGGCUGUCCUGGCCUGGUUUGUAACCCUCUGCACACUCGUGGCACAGCUGAUCGAAGUCUGCACAACUGAAAGCCCUUCUCUGCAAGCCAGCCUCUCACAGCAGGCGUUUGGAAACAGACCUUAUUUAUGUAAACAAUGUGGCAAAGCAUGUAUUCGUUCUUACCAUCUUCUCCAACAUGAAAGAAGUCAUACCCGAGAGAAACUUUAUGCAUGUAAGCAGUGUGGGUAAGUAUUUGGAUGUUCUUCACACCUUCGCAAACAUGAACGAAUCCACACUGGGGAGAAACCUUAUUUAUGUAAGCAUUGUGGGAAAGCCUUCAGCGAUCCCACCACCCACAACAAUCAUGAGAGAACUCACACUGAAGAGAAGCACUACAUUUGUAAACUUAAACAGUGUGGGAAAGCCUUCAUUCGUUCUUCCCAGCUUCUGAUCCACGAAAGAAUUCACACUGGAGAGAAGCCUUACUCGUGUAAACAUUGCGGGAAAGCCUUCACCUACUCCAGUGCCUGCUACAUUCAUGAACGGAUUCACACGGGAGAGAAACCCUAUGUUUGUAAGCAGUGUGGGAAGGCCUUUACGUGUUCCACGUACCUUCACAAACAUGAACGAAUCCACACUGGAGAGAAACCUUAUUCAUGUAAGCAGUGUGGGAAGGCCUUCAUCCAACACAGGGCUUGUUACAAUCACGAACGAAUUCACACUGGAGAGAAACCGUAUGUGUGUGUGCAGUGUGGGCAUGCACUCAUUUCCCCAGACCUCGCAAGCAAACAGGAACGAGAAACCAGAACAGACAGCCAGCAGACAAAAGCAAAAACAGAGACAAGGACAAGAACAACCAGGGUACCUGCUCCUUAA